GAUAGUGACAUCGAUGUUGUGACAGCACUAUAGGAAAAGUGACGUGAAGUUGUGUUGUUUUUUUUUUUUGUUUUUCGUUCGUUUUUCGGUGGCGUUUUUUCGUCGCCCAUUCGUCAUCGUUUUGGACUGUUUGUCCUUGGAAAAUUGGCCGUUUGCCUUGGAGUUGUACCUUUCGCCGCGUUUUUCAAGGGAACUUCCGGAAUUCACGGAUGCGCUGCUGUUGUUGUUGCGCGAGCGAAAACGCUUAAUCUUCAUGUUGAGUAUCACCUAAAGAUGCUGUGAUGGCGAAGAUGGCAUCGGGAGAUCUUUCGCUGACCAGCACGAGCAGUCAGGAGGAAGAGAGCUCGGAGUAUGUGGGCUAUGACAACACCCUCCGUCCGCCGUCCAACUCCAGUGGCAGCACCACGGCUGCCAACAUGGCCAACAACAACGGGCCCUCGAAGGGCGUCAAUAGCGGAGUGGGCGUGUCGGGCGUUUCCGGCGGAAACGGCACAAAGUACGAUCUGCUGCAGGCGCAGUACAAGUCCGCCCUCGUGGAGCUGAACACACUGCGCCACCAGCAUGCGAGCACAAAGCGGCGCUGCGAUGAACUGGCCACCGAGCUGAGUCUCUACCAGGAGCACUACGUGGCCGAUCGCAACAAGUUCACGGACAUAGUGGAGGAGAGCGCCCGGCUCAAGCGGCUGCUGCUGGAGACCCAAAGCCAGCAGAGCCAGCAGGCCCAGAAUGGGAACAGCCAGGUGCCGCCCGGCGGCAGUGGGAAUCCGUAUUACUUUGGCAAGUCGCAGGGCUGCGACGGCAGCUGCAGCGAGAAGCUGGCCGAGCUUAAGAAGGAGCGCAACAUGGCCGCCGUGGAGCGGGAGAAGUACAAGAAGUUGUACAUCGAGCUGGAGAAGGAUCGCAAUUACUACCGCGAGCAGGGCGACGAGAACCAGACGCUUAAGGUGCUGCUCUCCAAGGAGACCAAGAAUGUGGUCUCCCUCACCGAGGAGCUCAAUCAGCUGCUCUCCGAGAAGGACAAUGUGCUGCAGGAGCACCAGAAGAUGUCCGACGAUCUGGUGCUGGCCAACAAGGAGAUCGAGCGACUGAAAAAGGAUGAGCAGCUGUCCAGGGGCGAGAUAAAGGCUCUGCAGUUGGCCAACGCCGAGCUGAAGAAGCGCGACCUUCUAAAGUCUCGCGAGAGCUCGUGGUCCAAGGAAUUUCCCAGCGGCAAGGAGCUGGAGAACAGCAAGGAGCUGGAGAAGCUACGCAAGAGCCUCGAGAAGGCCCUCUCCGAGGUGGAGCGCUCCAGUCAGGAUGCCGAGGAGGCGAAACGCGUACGCGACUGGGCCAUUUCGCAGCGCGAAAAGAUCGUGCAGGAGCGGGACUCGGUGAAGACGCUGUGCGACAAGAUGCGCCACGAGCGGGACAAGGCCAUCUCCGACUCGCUGAUGGCCAUCCGGGACAGCGAGAAGAUCAAGAAGCAGAAGGACGAGGCCCAGAAGAAGAUCGACCUGCUGAAGGAGCAAAUGGAGCAGCAGGAGCGCCACAAUUUGGACAGCAAUGCCUCCGGAUCGCGACGCAGUUUCCGCCUCAGCAGCUACGAGGGUGAGGAUCUGUUGGAAGUGGAGCUGUCCGGCUACGAGCACACCUCCGACCUGGGCAUCAUCCUGGAUGACAGCAACAAGCGGAAGCUGGUGUGCGGCGUGACCAGCAGUUCGCCCGCCAGCGGCAAACUCAAGAUCAACGAUGUGAUCUGCAAGGUGAACAACCUGGACUGCCAGUCGCUGUCCAAGCGCAUGGUCCUCGACGAGAUUCGCGCCUGUGCGCCGCGUUCCCUGCUCCUCGUUUCCCGCACGCGUCACAGCAAGCGGCAUGCCUAUUCCGUUCAGCUGAAGACCCGCGACCGCGACUGUCCGCACGGCCUGCAGCUGGACAUGGGCGUGUUCAUUGCCAAGAUCGAGCAGAACUCGUUGGCCUUCUACGAACCGGAGCUGGACGUCGGCGACCGAGUGCUGAGCAUCAACAACAAGUCGAUGGACUCGGUGCAGUCCAUCGAGGAGGUGAUGCAGCUGCUCAACGAUCCGCGCAGCGAUGGACUCAACCUGUUCGCCCUCAAGUACGUGCAGGAUCAGCUGCCACCGGGCAUGACUACCUCGUCGGCGCAAACGGACUCCAUUGACUCCAUGCAGCAUGUGACGAGUGGUGGCGGCGGCGGUGGUGGAGGUGGUGGAAGUGGAGCCAGUAGCGCCACCAAACAUCCGUCCCGGUUCGCCGAGUUCUUCUUCCGCAAGCUGAAGUUCAGCAAACCGGGCACUCCGGAGGACAAUCUGGAGCAGGAGCACGACGACGCCAUCGCGGCCCUGGACUCGGUGCUGAGCGAGAACAGCUCGGAGAAGAGCAAAGAGAACCUGUUCAACCGCAAGAAGCGCACCAAAAAGGAGAAGGAGGCCUCCAAGAGCAUGGGCACCUGGCCGCGCACAAACAUCUCGCACGACAAUCCCACGGGCACCAUGCGCGGCAACGAGAAGAAGCACGCCCUCAUGUCGCUCUUCACGGCCGGUCCCAUCAACGUGGACAAGGACGACGAGCUGGUGGGUGAGGUGGGCGUGCCGGAGAAGCAGCCGCCGGUGCUGAUGCAGGAGCAGCUGCCGCCGCCGCUGCCGCCGCAGAUGUCCAAGCCGCUGGCCCACAUUCGUGGGGCCAAUGGGAGUGCCAUCAAGGCGCAUCCCAACCGCAACUCAAAUCCGGUGAGCUCGGGCGUCUCGGCCCUGUUUCCCCCCGCCGCCUCCUCCUCGGUGGGCAUGCCCAUGGCCGGCUAUCCCAGCCAUCCGCGGUACUCGCUGUACGGCGGAAUCGUCACGCCUCCGGAGGAGAUCAGAGACCAGAAGCCCAUGCAGCGAGCCGCCCCCCUGAUGGGCGCCAAUGCCCGGGUGAAGAUGCCCUCGCAGGAGCGCUACGGAUCCAGGCCGCACAGCAACCAUCGCCUGUCGCUGAACAUCACGCCCAGCGGCGACUUCUACCAGCCCAAGACCAGUGGUCAGCAGGCCCAGCAGCAGGUGAUGAAUGCCUCGACCACAUCGGCGGGCUUCGGCGCCAUGGGAUCGGGUUCAAUGGUGGGUGGGGUGACGGGUCCGGCAGCCGGCGAGUUUCCAGUGCGCAAACAGCAGGUCUACGAUGUCUUCCACCCGCCACCGCUGCCCAAGAACAGCUCCGGAUCCGGAUCCGUAUCCAAUCCCAAUGCCGUGUUCAUGCCGUUAAAUCCGCCGCGGGGCAGUCACCCGCUGCCCUUGGGUGGUGGUGGUGGUGGUGGCCAACCGCCGGACGUGGUGUCGCUGAAGUCGCAGAACUCCAUCGAGUCCAUACUGUCGGCCAAGAGUCCGGCCAUCAGCGAGUACGGCGUGUACGCCAAGCGCCAUGUGCCGCAGGCGGUGCGGCAUGUGCCCAAGUACCCAAGCGAUAGUGAGAGCAUUGGCUCUGGCAUUCACGGCGGAUACGGCGGCUUCCUGCCGUCCAACCACCAUCCGGGCAACCGGCACACGCAGCUCUUCCCCACCUUUGGGCCCGGGGUGAGGAACAACAACCGGAGAUCCAGUCCACUGACCCUGCCCUCGCCACCGCCACUGCAGCAGCAGCUGCAACAACUGCAACCGGCGGCAGUGGUGCCGCACGACAGCGUUGGCAUACCCACCGACCUGGACUACCAUCCGCACCAUCCGCAUCCGCAUGCGCACCAUCAUGGGCAGACCAAUCCGCUGCCCCACCCGCAUGCUCCACAUCCGCAUGCUCCCUACCUGGACUACGGUCACGGGCCGUAUCCCUACAUGGCGGUGGCCGGCGGAGGCGCCGCGGGCGUGGGCGGCGUCAUCUACGAGGGCGGAACCUUUCCGCGCAAGAAGGACAACCAGCGGCUGCGCAUCCCCUCCAAUCCCAGUGUGGCCAGCAAGAGCAGCAGCAUGGUGAAGAACAGCUCGGGCAGCAUCGACCAUCAUUAUGUGACGAGUGCGGCGCCGGCUUCCGGAGGAUCCAUGUCGGCCUCGUCCUCCGAUCGCGCACCCAUUUCCCUGAUGAGCUCCAGCAUCCACAACAGCUAUGGUGCCAAUAUGGCGGGUGGAAAUGGCACUGGAUCGGCAGUGGGAGUGGGAGUGGGAGGAGGAGGCGGCGGAGGCGGAAAUGGAGGAGGAGGUAGUGGACGCGGUUCGCCCAUGCCGCAGGUCCAUGUGGAAGUGCUCAGCCACGGCGGCGGCGGCAGUGGCAAACGCAACUCCAAUGUGCCCGCGGAUUUUCUCUGCCCCGGAGACCUUAGAAGAGUCACCAUCGAUAAGCGCGACAAGUCGCUCGGUAUCACCAUACAGUGCAACAACAACGGCGGCGGCAUCUUUGUGGCCACCGUCGCGGACAAAAGCAUAGCGAUGCGUGCCGGUCUCCAGGUGGGCGAUCAACUCUUGGAAGUAUGUGGCAUCAAUAUGCGUGCGGCCACGCAGGAGAUUGCGGCCAAUGUGCUGCGCCAUUGCGGCGACUCCUUCACCAUGCUGGUGCAGUAUAAUCCGGAGAAGUUCCCUUCAAUGGAGUACGAUGGAGCGCACAAUCUGGAACCAGAAUCUCCCGUCAACCAUUCGGGCUCGCCAACGCCGCGCAACUCACCGCGUCCCCCGGCUCGCAACUCGCUCUUCCCGCUGCCGCUGCAGCCGCAGGCGCCCUCAACGCGCUCCGGAUCGAGGGCCCCACUGUCGCACCAGUCGAUCAAGGACCAGAGCUUCACCGACAGCCUGGAGAACCAGUCGGACAUCAGCAGCAGCCAGGACAUGCCCUCGUCGGCGGCCACCACCACCACGACGACCGCCUCGGCCACGUCGACGGUCUACGACGAGGAGCCCAAGCCCGCCCUGCCGCCGCCGCCCGCAUCCGUUCCGGCCGAGACUCUGAGGUAUGUGACCUUGCACAUGGACAAGUCGAAGAACCUGGGCAUUAAGCUCUUCGGGGGCAACAAAGUGGGCAUCUACGUGCACGACGUGGCGCCCGGAUCGCCCUCGGAUCAUGCAGGGAUACGCAAGGGCGAUCAGAUACUGGAGUACAAUGGAGUGGACCUGAGCGGCGUCACCGCCGAACAGGCGGCCAAUGAGAUCUCCAAGCUGACGGACACGGUCACCAUGCUGGUGCAGAAUAAACUGCACACUCUAAAACAAAUCAAGGAUGAGCCUGGCGACUCCUUUUACAUUCGCGUGGGGUUUGAUCGCAUCGGUGAGUUGAACGAGGACGACUUGCGUUUUGUAAAGGACGAGGUGCUCUACGUGGACAACACGGUUUUCAAUGGCACCUUUGGCCUGUGGCGAGCCUGGAAGCUGGAUGCCAUGGGCCACCGAAAGGAAUGCGGCAUCAUACCCAGUCAAAUGAAGGUCGAAGAGGAACUGCGUUCGGGGGAAGUGGUGGACUGUGAUACUGGAACCGCCAGACGCGGCAGCACUUCGGCCAGGAGAUCGUUUUUUCGUCGCAAGAAGAACCAGCGCAGCUCGUCCCGCGACUCCACGGAGAUUGCCAGCUUCAGCAAUACGCAGCUCAGCUUCUUUCCAGACUUAGGCCUGCUGAACGAUGAUGGCGGCGCCCUUAGCUACCAGCGUGUGGAGCUGUUAGAUUCGCCCAUUCGUCGGCCCGUACUGAUCAUUGGCCCGCUGUCCGAGUGCCUUAUGGACCGCCUGACCAUCGACUUCUCCAACCUCUUCAAGCUGUGCGAGGUGACGGCCAUGGACUGCUCGCAGGAGGCCAUGGAGGAGGGUCUGAAGGAGAACAUCUUUGUGGACUACCGACGGCGGGGCAACAAGUUCGAGUGCACCACCGUGGAGGCCAUUAGCAAUGCCUGCAAGAACGAUCGACGUCACUGCAUUUUGGACGUUUCGAUCUCGGCCGUGGAACGUCUGCAGCGUUUACAGAUCUAUCCUAUUGUCCUGCUGCUGCGCUUCAAGUCUGCAAAGCAGAUCCGCGACAUUCGCGACUUUGGCACCGACAAAAUCUCGGCCAAGGCGGCCAAGGAGAUGUACGAGCGGGCCAUGAAGCUGGAGACCGACUACAAGCAAUACAUAUCAGCCGUCAUCCCCGGCGUUAGCAUCAAGCACAUGUGCACCCAAAUCAAGGACGCCGUCGACAAGGAGCAGGACAAGCUGCUUUGGGUGCCCGUGUCGAGUGCCGCCUGAGCCGAUCGUAUCGACAGGACACCCUCCACUUGGGAUCUUCCUAGUGCAGUUUAAGUUAUUAGCACACAACGCGACACUCACGCUUAGUAUUUUUCUUCAACGCGCAUCAAUAGUAUCGAGUUCGUAUUCGUAUUCGUUUCGUUCAACGCAGAGUAUUCAAUGGGCGUCGACUUGCAACGCAAUUGUAGUUUUGCAUUUAGGGCGCGGUAUUUCUACCUGUUUCUCGUCUCGUCUCUGUCACCUAAUUUAUGUCUGUAGAUUUAGUCUCUGCUCGCGCUUCUGUCAAGCUAACGCGUUGAUCACCAGAAAAGAGGAAUGCUUCCACAAAUUUAUAUAUCUUAUUUAUAUAUACCGUCUGGAACACUGAUUUCCUCCUUAGGCGACAUUCUAAGCCGAAAGUCUGUUUGAAUGCAAUCUAUUAUUAUGUAUUUGUAAGUAAAAACACAUAUAUUCUAUUUUAUUUACCUUAACGAUUCGAUAAACUCGGUGGCAAUAGGGAGUUUGACUGUAAACCCUAAAACUGUUCAACUGUGUAUAUUAAAUAGUUUCAAUUAAUCCAAUUUUCUUUGAGAACUGCUUCUAAAUCGAGCCUUACUUACAUCAUUACUUAUUUUGGCAAGUGCCUUUGGCCGAUACAGAAAAUAAAAA